AUGAUUGUCGAUUUGGUUCAAUCGGUUAGACAGGGUGAAUGGACCCAAGUUCGCCAGUUGUUGUUGAAACACUGGCUUGUACAAGUUCCACAAGUAUUCGAAAUCAAUGGAGAUAUGCCAUGGGACAACACGGGUGUUAAUGAGAAGUUGCUUGGCUCUCCAGGAGAAUUAUUGUUCUCCCCUAUCGUCAGUGCAUUCUUGUUAGAUGUUCGAAACACAAAAAGUUCUCUGGAAGGAAUGAACGAAAUCGCUGGAGUAGAUCCAGCGAAUAAAGGCAAAAUUUGUGGUCAUGUUUUCAAAAAUGGAGAGCUCACGUAUACCUGUCUUGAUUGUGCCACAGAUGGAACGUGCGUCAUGUGUCUGCCAUGUUUCGAAGUAUCUAUUCACAAGUCGCACAAGUAUAAGAUGCACUCUUCAACCGGAUCAGGUUACUGUGAUUGCGGCGAUGUGGAUGCAUGGUGUGAGGGAUACGCUUGUGCGAACCACGAAAAGAAAGACGGUGAAGAAACAUUUACCCUAGCUCCAGAAUUGAAAAAGCGCAGUGAACAACUGAUUGAAAUUAUUCUACAUUUUGCACUUUCAAUGAUUACACACAAAGACGAUCUCCAACUACCCGAUUUUUUCGAAAAGUUGAAGACAGAAAGUUCAACUGACAAUCAGCAAUGCUUAACAGUUUUGUACAACGAUGAAACGCAUACAUAUGAAUCGGUUAUCAAUGUGUUAGAGCUGUACAUUCAUUGCACUAAAGAUCAGGCAAUGCUUGUUGCAACAAUCGUUGAUCGAGAAGGCCGCAGUGCGGUGAAGCUAGGGAAUAAAACUGAUUGUACAAGAACAAAAGAGGAUGUGCAGAAAAAAUCAUCUCGCGGUCAGAAUGUGAUCAGAAGAUCAUCUACCCAUCAUUUACCACUAAGUGUCAAAGUCAUGGAUACAACACUCUUUGCCCUUCAAAGUUUUUCUAUAUCACUUUUAACCUGGCUCAAUACCCAAAUGGACGUUUUCCCGCCGCUGCGAGAAAUUGUUGGGGAAGUCUUGCUCAAUUCAAACUUUCCUUUAAAGAAGAAGUACUUACAAAAAGUGGUCGUGGAAGAUUCCAAUAUAGAUAAUGCAGAUAUGAAUAACGAAAUUGAUGCAAAUGAAGAAGCAGAGCUUUUCCGACUUGCCAUAGAAGGAAGAAUGGAUGUUGAAGAUAUGAUCGGAGUAGAAGAUGAAGAUGAACAAAUGGAAGUUGACCCAGACGAAGAAGAAGAGGGUUCGAAUUCAGUAACAACGACUGUUGAAGAAUCGACCAUCGAAUCUUCAUCGUUCACAAUCCUGGAAAAUAUUCUUCUGCAGGAUACCCAAAUGUGGAAAGCUGGGAGAUGUAUCUUGCAUCAGUUACUCAUGAGAACCGUAUUUAUGAUUUACAAUCAGAAAGUUCGCUUUGCUAAAGCUUUCAUGAAACACUACAAUGAGAUUUAUGAGGAUUUUAUCAAAGACGAUCAUGAAAUGGACGUAUCUGUAGUAGGAUUGUCAGUGCAGUUUAUGACUGUCCCAAGUUUGGCCAGAAAAUUAGUAGCAGAAGACGAGGCAUUCAGUGUAAUCUCAAAAGCAAUUCGUGUGCAGACUGAUAAAUACAUCAAAUUAAAUGCUGAUGAAAAAGUUGCGAGAUUCGACUUCGCGAGCCGAUCAUUCCCAGCUGAUUUGAGAAGAUCACUUCAAAUCACACGUGAUAUGGCUUAUAUUCUGAAUGCAGUUCCUUCCGAAACUGAUUGGACCCGAGAGUUAAUUGAUGGAUUUGUAAGUGGAUUUGCUGAUUUCUUAGUUUUUGUUCAACGGUUACAAGGAAUGGAUGAGGUGAAGCGACAAGCAGUGGAACAUCAAGUUUGGGAAUCCGAGUGGGAAACGGCGUUUAAUAUUCUUUUGAGAUUGAAGGAUGCAAUUACUCUAGCAAUUUCGUGGGCGGAAACGAAUGAAGAAGUUCAUAACCGUGUCUUAUUGAUGUGUUUGGAAUUGAUGAAUAAUAUGCCACCUGUUUACACCAAGGCUGACGAUGACUCAAAAGAAGUUACAAUAACAAUCAAUGGAGAAUCGUGCAAAAUCACACAUUUUGAUGUGCUGAAAUCUGCUACAUCAAUUCACCAACCGGUGGUUCGAAUUAUCGCAGGUCUAUUCACUGCUCAAAAUCAUGCGAUGUUUUUGAUGAGAAACGAUUGUGGUAACGAGAUUCAGGAACAGAUCAAGACCAUUCUAAUAACUAACGAAGACACGAAUCUCUACGAAUUGAGUCUUAGGGUCCUCGUUCUAUGUGCUCAGUCAAAUGCGUCACUAUGGAGAAGAAAUGGUUUUUCUUUAGUAAACCAAAUUCACAAUUAUUUUUCCCCAUUAUGUCGUAAUGAGAUGUUUGAUCGAGACAUAUUAAUGAUGCAAGUUGGAGCUGCUAUGACCCCACCAUUGAAGUUUAUCAUUCAUUUGCUUCAACGCUUCCGGCUUGAUAAAUGGGCAACAAUCGAAUUCGAACAAGAUAAAGCCACCGCUGCACAAAUCAAACCUGAAUCAGAGGAUCUUAGCAAGACCAUGGUCACUAUAGCUGAAGAAUUUUUCCAAUGUCUUAUUUUGAUUUUAUGUGAACGAUACGCCCACGGUGUUGGUAAAACGAAUCCUAUCGACGGACUGAAACGAGAAGUCAUUCAUAUUCUGUGCACUGGCUCUCAUACUUUCAGCCAUAUUCAACAGAAGGUGUCUCAUGAUAGCAACGCGAAACGUAUUUCACUUCAUGAUGCCGUUAAUCAAGUUGCUGAUUUCCGAAAACCAUUAUCAACUUCAGCUGGGCAGUUUCACUGCAAAGAAUCUAGUCUUCCUGUUUACUCCCCUUUUUUCAUGCACUAUUCAAAAAGUGAUCAAUCGGCAGCAGAACAAAGUCAAGCUCGUGUACGUGCAAAACUAGACAAAAACAUUCGUGCGUGCGCUCCUCCUGUUCUUCCUGAUUUCCUCUCAUUUUUCGAACAAAUACCAAUGCUCUUGAAAUCUGGUAUCCUGAUUCAUGUAUUCCGUCUUGUGAUAGACAGAGCUACUCGUAGAAGUCGUUUUUCAAGCGAUCGUCUUUUCCACAAGGUUCUUUAUCUAAUUGGAAUUGCAUUGAACGAGGAAGAAAAAUGUUCAUCAUUCGGAUUUACCCAGAAAGCUGAAGAAAGCGUUGGUCUUUUAGCGUUACUGGAAGGCCUUAUCGGCAAACCUGAAUCAUCUAUUUGUCCAAUUCUACUCGAAGUAACUGUUGAUAAGUAUAGGAAGCUGUUGAAAUCUAAAACAGGACCAUCCGAACCGGCUCCAGCUGCUGACCAAAAACAACCGCUUCAUUCAGCAGAGGAAUUGAAAGCAAAACGAGCUGCACGAGCGGCUGAGAUGAGACAGAAGGCGAUGGCGAAAAUGUCCAAUAUGCAGUCAAAAUUCAUGAAGAAAAUCGAAGUGGAAGACACGAAGGAUGAAUCACAGCCUUCCGCUGAGAAAUCAGAUGGUGUUGUCAAAAAUGAAGAUUACGAAAAUAAACAGUUUUUCGAUGAAGAUGUUGUGAAGCAAAUCGGUCACGAUUUCCCAGUUUGUAUUGGAAGAAACAAAUGGCAAACGGAAGUUGUGAAACCAAGAACGUUGACAUGUAUUUUAUGUCAAGAAGACGAAGUGAUCGCACCUCAACAAGGAAAACCGAUGGUGUGUGCAGCUUUUAUUCAACAAUCUCAACUAUUUACACACAAGAAUAAAAACGGAGAACUCAUGACAUCAUCAAGUGGAACUAUUUCAACUCGCGAUCUCCUCACAGCUCCUGCAACACUUCAGUAUGGCGUAGAUGUUUCUACCUGUUCACACAGUAUGCACUAUGAAUGCUAUCGAAGCUUGUCGGAAUCCAAUCGAUCCCGUGAUAGUUUGAGAGCUCGCCAAGUCGGUCAACAUGCACACAAAAUGGUGGAUACCGAAAGUGGUGAAUACCAGUGUCCGUUGUGCAAAAGAUUGUCCAAUGCAGCCAUUCCAAUUCUACCAGCAUAUCAACUGACUAAUCAAAUCGGAUUCUCUACCAUCUCAGGUGCAGCCAAAGAAAACUUCGAAUCUUAUAUUACAAGGGUUAAACGAAACUUAGAUAUGCCUCUCAGCUCUGAAUCUGUUACCAAAAAAGGACAUAGCAGGAAGAGAUCUCACUCAGAAAGAUCUUUACUUGAUCUCGAGAAACUUUCUCAGACAAGCAAAGAACCUGAUGCCACCAAUAUGUACUCUGGCGUUUAUUCAUUCAGUGCUGCCCACAGCGACGCAAGCAGCACUACUCAACUAUCACCCAGUACUGCUAAUGAAUCUCAAAUGGUUUUGAACAUAACGCCAUCGCCAGAUGAUGUAGAUUUCUAUAAUGAACUUGCUGCUUUAUUUGUGGAUCCUGAGCCAAACACAGUCACAUCACCGACUACAGUUUCGACCCCAGUUAGUGGUUCAACUCCUCGGAGCAGCGACACAGUGCCGAAUGAAGUUGUCAAGAAACCAUUGAGUAGUCAGAUUCAGCAUGCUCUCUAUACUCUCAUCCGACCUUUUCCAUCACUAAUGAAGAGUCGUAUAUGCUCAACAUCGUUCGAAGGAUUUGAAGAUCCAAUUAAAGAUCUCGGAAAAAAUAUGAUCAAAUAUCGGAGACGUGGAAACGAAUUGAAGAUAAACUUCAUUGAGAAACAUCUCAAAGGAUAUGUCAUUUCAACUGUAACAUGGCAAAGCACUGCACAUGUUGCUAGAGCUAUUUCUGCCUACUUACAUUAUGACAAUAAGCCACUGUUCGGAGCUCUGAACACUAGGCAAAAAGAUUGUCUGUCAGCUAUGGGACGUUUAUGUGCAUCACUCUCACAUAAUAUGCAGUAUCUUCUCCACGCUGUUUCGGAUAUGCUUCGAGUGCUUCUUUGUGAUCCACCAAAAGCGAAGUUAGCUCAAACACCUGGGUCUCCGCAAUUUGGAACGGCUGCCACAUCUUCGCCUGGAUCUUCAACACUUCCCCUUCCACAUUCUGGGACAAAUUUUACCUUUUUGGUUCAAUUAUUCAAUCCAGCUGGUCCAAGAAAAAAUGUUAAUCUAAACAUUUUGCAAGUAGAUAUUCUCAGUUUAGCAAUUUCUUUGAUGAUGACUAUCGGCUGGACCUGGCACAAUGGUACACAAUCAAUGAACUCUUCAACACAUCAGAAAUCACGUUUGCUCACUCCAGAUGGGUCUGUUGAUGAAGCGUAUGUUCUUCGUCUUGCUCUUCUGGCAUAUUACUUCCAGAUCAUUGCAACUCAUCAGGAGUCUGAUGGAGAUGACUUCCCGAUGGAGGAUGAUGAAGUGCGCCCUGACAUUGAUCCUGCCGCUGUUGAGAUAAUAGUCAAGCUUCAUUCAAUUUGCCAUCCUGAAGAACCAACAUUAAGACGAGUGGAUGCGUUGUGGCGAAAAAUUGAAGAAGGAGCUCAAUCUCUUCUUAGACCAAUAGCUCUUCUUUAUCAUUUCAUUACACUUGUUGAUCCACCAGAAGCUUUGAAAGAUCCAUCGAUUAAUAGUUCGGAAGCAUUAUUCCGUUACCUCGGUCUUCCACAAAAGAUUGAAGAACAAGUUCAUGGUUCUCUUGUGGAGUCACUGUUCGUCAUGUGGUCUUCGGCUAUUCCUAGAGAGUUUUCUCUCCGCCAAGAUCUUGUGGUUCAACCUGUCCGGCCGAAUCUUCUUGUUGAGUUACCUGAAAGAUAUAGUCAAUUGAUAAAUCAAGUUGCCACCUUCAAAUGUCCAACGAUCCCCAUCGAGGAAUCGACGUCUAAUGUUCCGACAUUGUGUCUAGUCUGUGGUACAAUAUUGUGCUCACAGGCUUAUUGUUGUCAGAAAAUCAUAAAUAAACAGUCGUAUGGCGCAUGCCGAUAUCAUAUGUCACAAUGCUCAGGAUCUGUUGGAAUGUUUUUGAGAGUUCGAGACUGCAGCCUAGUGUUGAUGACAACCCGAAAACGUGGUUGCUUCCGUCCCGCCCCAUACGUUGAUGAAUUCGGAGAGGUUGAUCAGGGUUUCCGUCGUGGAAAUCCUCUUCAUUUGAAUUCCGAGCUUUAUCAGAAGUUAAAGUCGUUGUGGCUCCAGCAAGGAAUCACUGAAGAAGUUGUAAACUACAAUGAAAUCGACUAUCGUAAUGUGCAAUACGAUUGGGCUCAUUUCUAA